AUGCUCGACUUCGACUUCAUCUGCAAGCGCAAGACACCCUCCGUGGCCGGUAUCAUCUACACCUUCGGUGGUCAGUUCGUCAGCAAGAUGUACUGGGGAACCAGCGAGACCCUGCUGCCCGUCUACCAGGAUGUCGGCAAGGCCAUGGCCAAGCACAACGACGUUGACACCGUUGUCAACUUCGCUUCCUCCCGAUCCGUGUACCAGUCCACCAUGGAAUUGAUGGAGUUCCCCCAGAUCAAGUCCAUCGCCAUCAUUGCUGAAGGUGUCCCAGAGCGACGUGCCCGAGAAAUCCUGUACGUUGCCCAGCAGAAGGGUGUCACCAUCAUCGGCCCCGCCACCGUCGGUGGUAUUAAGCCCGGAUCUUUCAAGAUCGGUAACACUGGUGGUAUGAUGGACAACAUUGUUGCUUCCAAGCUGUACCGCCCUGGAUCCGUUUCCUACGUUUCCAAGUCCGGUGGUAUGUCUAACGAGCUGAACAACAUCAUCGCCAACACCACCGACGGUGUUUUGGAGGGUGUUGCCAUUGGUGGUGACAGGUAUCCCGGUACCACCUUCAUUGACCACGUCCUCCGUUACCAGGCCGACCCCGACUGCAAGCUCAUUGUGCUGCUUGGUGAGGUCGGUGGUAUUGAGGAGUACCGUGUGAUUGAGGCUGUGAAGUCCGGUCAGAUCACGAAGCCCAUCGUUGCAUGGGCUAUCGGUACCGUCGCUGGUAUGCUCAAGACCGAGGUCCAGUUCGGUCACGCUGGUUCGUUCGCCAACUCUCAGCUUGAGACUGCGGCCACCAAGAACAAGACCAUGAGGGAGGGUGGCAUCUACGUGCCAGAGACCUUCGAGGAUCUCCCCCAGACCCUCGCUCAGGUCUACCAAAAGCUCCUCAAGGAGGGCACUGUUAAGCCCAAGCCAGAGGUUGCCGUUCCCAAGAUCCCCAUUGACUAUUCAUGGGCUCAGGAACUUGGCCUUAUCCGAAAGCCCGCUGCUUUCAUCUCUACCAUCUCCGACGACCGUGGUCAGGAGCUUCUCUACGCUGGUAUGCCCAUCUCCGAUGUUUUCAAGGAGAACAUUGGCAUUGGUGGUGUCAUGUCGCUGCUUUGGUUCCGUCGUCGCCUGCCCGACUACGCCAGCCGCUUUUUGGAGAUGGUGCUCAUGCUGACGGCCGACCACGGUCCUGCCGUGUCCGGUGCCAUGAACACCAUUAUCACCACCCGUGCUGGUAAGGAUCUCAUCAGCGCGUUGGUCUCUGGUCUUUUGACCAUUGGUUCUCGUUUCGGUGGUGCCCUUGACGGUGCCGCUGAUGAGUUCACCAGGGCUUUCGACAAGGGUCUUAGCCCUCGUGACUUUGUCGACACCAUGAGGAAGGAGAACAAGCUCAUCCCCGGUAUUGGUCACAGGAUUAAGUCGAGGAACAACCCCGAUCUUCGUGUCGAGCUCGUCAAGGAGUUCGUUAAGAAGAACUUCCCCAGCACUAAGUUGCUCGACUACGCUCUUGCUGUUGAGUCUGUCACUACCUCCAAGAAGGACAACCUCAUCCUCAACGUUGACGGUUGCAUUGCUGUCUGCUUCGUUGACCUGAUGCGCAACUGCGGUGCUUUCUCUUCCGAGGAGGCUGAGGACUACCUCCGCAUGGGUGUCCUCAACGGUCUCUUCGUGCUCGGUCGCAGCAUUGGUCUUAUUGCUCACUUCCUCGACCAGAAGAGACUCAGGACUGGUCUGUACAGGCAUCCUUGGGACGACAUUACCUACCUCCUCCCCUCGCUCCAGCAGGGCGGUGCACCGGGUGCUGAGGGUCGUGUUGAGGUUACCUUGUAA